AUGUCGACCUCCUCGGCGCGCUCGCCCGGGCACCGGGGAGCGGUCAUCGCCCUCCUCGUCGCCCUGGUGUGGGGCUCGGCGCACGCCGCACAACUGAGGUUAAAGAGGGACGGUUCGGACGCCGUCGGCAGUUGGGAGCCGGCAGCAACGGAAAAUACGGUAUCAUCGUCAACAGAGGAUGUGGAGGCGACCGGGUAUAAGUCCUACCACGACGCUAAACGGCUUCUGCAGCAGGCCGGGCCCGAAGCGACUGCCUUCUGCUCCGGGAUGCAGACCUGGCUGCUGGCCACUGUCAAAAAUACACCGGUGCCGGACGAGCCCCAGCCCGGAGCAGCAAGAACUCCCUCCAGGCGAAGGCGCCAGACGCUGGUGCAGGGCUCCGAGCCCAAGAAGCACAAGGGCCAGACCCAGACGCAGUUCAUCGCCUUCGGCAACGGCAAGGAAGGGGGCACGGCAGAGGCCAUCGCCGGAGCAGACGGGACAUCCAGGUCCACCGUCAGAGGCGUGAACGGCAUGGGCCAGGCGCAGAGCCAGUCAGGUGUUGACGAUUGCGCGGAGUGUCCGGGUCCAGGUGGUGCAGGGGCCUCAGGGGCACCUGGAGCACCCGGUGCACCUGGUGUGGGCGGUUACCCUGGUGCUGGUGGAGCAGGGGCAUACCCUAGUGCGGGAGGUCAAGGAGGAAUACCAGGGAUCGCGGGGCCUGGAGGAUACCCAGGAGGCCCUGGAGUCGGCGGAUACCCUGGCACUGGAGUUGGGCAAGGUGUUGGUGGGGGAACUGGAGCUGGAGGCGCUUACCCCGGUGGCGUAGGAGGAUCUGGAGCUGGUGGUGCAUACCCCGGAGCAGCUGGACCCGGCGGCGCAUAUCCCGGUGGCACCGGAGCAGGUGGCGCUUACCCAGGUGGCGUUGGAAGACCUGGAGCUGGUGGUGCUUAUCCAGAUUUGAAACCCUACUUGAGCAGAUUUGAGCACAAUAAGGAGUUUUUAGCUGAACACAUUAAAGUGCAAUGUAGCCAUAUGUUAGUCACACCCUACAUUCAAUUGUAA